GAAGCCGGGCCCGUCCCACUGCGGGGCUGGAAUCCGCCCCCUCGGCCCGGACGCCUGGGAUCCCCGCGGGGGCGGGGGCGCAUGCCGGGGGGAUCCGUCAUGGGGGCGGGGCCGUGAGUCAGCGCCCCCCAGGUCCCGGCCACUGCGGGGGGGCGGGGGGGCAGGACGCCUGGGUUCUUCCCCCCGACCCCGCUCCCCCCUCCGUGACGUCAUGGGCCCGCGGGGGGGCGGGGGAAACCCCGGGCGCUAUUUGGGGCCGAGGCCCCGCCCGGACGCCUGGGUUCCCUGCCCGGGGGGAAGAGACUCCCGCCCCCCCGCCCGCUAAUCCCCUUCUCCCAGGGGGCAACCCAGGCGUCCUGGACCCCGCCGCAGAGCCCUGCGUCCGGACCGGGACCUCCCUACACCGGUGCCCAGGCGGCCGCGACCGCCCCUACAGGGAACUCCGGGGCCCCCGACCCCCCGUCCACGGAACCCGGGCGGGGCGGGCGGGGCGGGCGGGGGCGGCGGUGUCUGGAGCCGCUUCCUGCCCGCGGGCCAUAAAGGCAGCGGCGGCGGAGAGCGCGAUCCCGAUCCCGAUCCCGGACCCACUCCGACUCCACGUGACAAGAUGCAGUGCAGCCUGUGGGCUCUGGUUUGGGGGGCACUGGCACUGGUGGGUGCCCCAGGGCCCGCAGACCCUCUGGUCCUGGCGCUGGAUGCGGCCCCCAAGCCAGAUGUGGCCCCUGUGCCGGACACAGCACUGGACGUGGCCCACGUGGCGGCGCUGGACACGGCGCUGGGCUUGCGGCUGUUCCAGGCCGUGGUAGCUGCAGCCCCUGGCAAUGCGGCACUGUCGCCCACUGGUGCCGCCACCCUCCUGCGUGCCCUGCAGCUCGUGGCCCGUGGGCCAGGCCAGGCCCAGCUCCGCACUGCCGCUGGAUAUGCCCCUCAUGAGCCGGGUGCGGGGCAGCUGGAGGUGGCACUGGGGGGCGCAGGGGUGGCACUGGCUGCCGGCAUCUUUGUGCAGCAUGACCUACCGCUGGUGCCUAGCACCACUGUCCUCGCACCCCUGCUACAGCGCGUCGACUUCCGCCACCCCGCAAGUGCCCGGCGCGCCAUCAAUGCCUGGGCCCGCACCCACACCCAUGGCCGGAUCGGGGAGCUGGUGGGCGCGGGGGUGCUGGCGGGGGGGGCUGCGCGCCUGGUGCUGGCCAACACUGUCCACGUGAGCAGUGCCUGGGCCCGGCCCUUUGACCCCCGUGCCACGCGGCCCCGCCCCUUCCAUGUGCCACACCGUCCCCCCACACUCGUGCCCACCAUGGCGCAGGCGGGGCGCUUCCUCCAUGGGGAGUUUACGACUGCUGAGGGGCUGGAGUACGAAGUGGUGGAGCUACCCUACGCCAGGGGGGGGCUGAGCCUGCUCCUGGCGGUGCCCCUGGUCCGCGACGCCCCCCUGGCACCACUUGCCCGCACCCUCAGUGCCUCCCUGAUCCGUGCCUGGACCCGGGGCCUGAGCCCCCGGCCCCGCCUGCUGCUGCUGCCCAGAUUCUCGCUGGAGGCCGAGUGUGACCUGCGCACCCCCUUGCGCGCUCUGGGCAUUCGUGACGUCUUUAACCCCCAUGCUGCCGACCUCUCCGGCCUGACCCUCGAUGAGCCGCUGUUCGUGUCCCAGGCUCUGCACAAGGUCAAGUUUGAGGUCAUGGAGGGUGGCACCCAGGCGGCCGCUGGCACGGCCGCCGUGUUCGUGGCCCGCAUGGCACCGCCGGAGCUUGCCCUGGAUCGGCCCUUCCUCUUCAUCCUGCGGCACAAUCCCACUGGUGCUGUCCUCUUUGUGGGGCAGGUCAUAGACCCCUGAGUUUUUUGGGGGGGUCUUUUAUGCCCCCCCAUAAUGGACUGGACCCCCUGGAUAACUUGGGGGGUUAAGCCCCCCCACCACCAGGAUCGAUACCUCUGGUCUCCAUGGGUCCGGGGUGCUCCCAGAGGCCUACAGGAACUUUCAGCAGCAUCUAGUGUCUCAGCUUGAGUUCAGCAAGAGUCAGCGAAGAGUCGGCAGGCCCUGCUGCCGAGGCUUUGGGUGUGGGAUAUUUCUAGCAGCACUGGGAGGCUGGGUCGGGCUGUCCUGUCCCCCUUACCACUGCCAGGGCCUCCCCCUUGGCCGCAGGAGAUGCUGAGUCAGUGGUCCUGGUGGGACUGGACCCAGCCCCCCGCCCCUGAAUCAGGGCUGGGAUUGCGUGUAUUUAUAGGGCCCCGAAGCUGGGCCUGUGGGGGCUUUGCUGCCCCUUUUUGGGGGCAUUUGAGAAUAUUUAAUGAAUAAAGAGAAUUCAUUAUUAA